GGCGGUCGAGAAAUCCUUUGCCAGGCUCCCUUCUCAACCGGUCCUGGGCGGCUGGGAGCCCUUUGAAACCAGUGAUUACAACCCCAAAUUCAGGAGGAGGAGGAGGAGGAGGCGCCCGGCGGCAGCGCGAGAAAGCAGACGCUGAGGAGAGCAGCUUUCUGAGGGGGAUUCUUUCGGAUUAUUUCCACGGCUUCUCUGCGCCCCGCCGCCCCCACCUCCCCAGCUCAAGGCAUGGAUCCACCGCCCUGGUCCCCGCUGCUCCUCGCCCUCCUGCUUCUGCUGCCCUCCGGCCGGGGACAAGAAGCAUCAAUGGAGACCUGCUGUUCCCGUGGAUAUGAAUGGGCAAGUCAAAAGAAAGACUGUAGGUUUGUCUCUUCAGAUCGGGAUUCCAAAGAAUGCAGGAUAGCCCAGGAACAGUGCUGCCUCAGUCAGCUGGAGGUGCUGCAUUGCACCACUGGAAUGGCCAUCGCUAGCAAGCAUGAAAAUUGUGACAUGCCAAGAGAGAAUUCCACCUGUGACGACAAGAUCAUUAAGAAAUGUUGUCAGUGCUGCAUUUUGGGGAAAGAGGCCCAGAAACAAGGCAACAGCUGUGAACAGAGCCUCUUAAUGGGUUAUCAGUGUGGAUUGGUGUUCAGAGCUUGCUGUGUCGAAGGGCAUGAAAACUCAGAUGCUGGGAUUGUUGACGGUCCUAACAAAGAACUGGUGGAAAUUAACCUUGAGGAUCAUUACCUGAAUGACCGUUGCAGAGGUGGAGGACCUUGUACCCAACAAUGUAGGGACACAGGAACUAGUGUCCUCUGUUCUUGCUUCAUGGGCUACCAGCUUCAGCCAGAUGGCUUCACCUGUGAAGAUAUUAAUGAGUGCAUCACUUCAGCCAAUGCCUGCAGCAUCGGUCAGAUCUGUGUCAAUACUGUGGGCUCUUUCCGUUGUCAGCGGGAGACGAGUUGUGGAACAGGUUAUCAGCUGACAGAGCACAAUCUCUGCAAAGAUAUUGACGAAUGUGAGACUGGUAUUCAUAACUGCCUCCCCGAUUUUAUCUGUCAGAAUACGCCAGGAUCAUUCCGUUGCCGGCCCAAACAACAGUGUAAGAUCGGCUUUAUACAAGAUGCUUUCGGCAACUGUAUCGAUAUUAAUGAAUGUUUGACUCUUCCUGCUCCUUGUCCUGCUGGGCAGGCCUGCAUCAACACAGAUGGCUCGUUUGCUUGCCAGAGGAAUGUCCCAAACUGUGGAAGAGGCUACCACCUGAACGAAGAGAAGACCAGAUGUGUUGAUGUAGACGAGUGUUCAGGGUCCCCCCAACCUUGCGGGGAAGGUCACACCUGCAUCAACUCCCCCGGGAGCUAUCGUUGUCAGUGUCAGCUGGGCUACUAUUUUGAUGGGAUCAGCAGAACUUGUACAGAUGUUAAUGAAUGUCGCCGAUACCCUGGUCGUCUCUGUGCUCAUAAGUGUGAAAAUACUGCUGGGUCAUAUUAUUGUAGCUGUACAAUGGGAUUCAAACUUUCAUCUGACGAGAGAUCUUGUGAUGACUUAAAUGAGUGUGAAAGCAGCCCCUGCAGCCAGGAGUGUGCCAAUGUCUAUGGCUCCUACCAGUGCUAUUGCCGUCGCGGCUACCAGCUCAGUGAUAUAGAUGGGGUGAACUGUGAAGAUAUUGAUGAAUGUGCUUUACCAACGGGGGGACACAUUUGUGCUUAUCGGUGCAUCAACGUGGCAGGCAGUUUUCAGUGCACCUGCCCCCCUUCAGGUUACAAGCUGGCCGCCAAUGCACGGAACUGUCAGGAUAUCGAUGAAUGUCUUACUGAAACGCAUACCUGUUCACAUAACCAGACCUGCUUUAAUAUUCAGGGAGGAUUCCGCUGCCUUUCUCUGGAAUGCCCGGAGAAUUAUCGCAAAUCUGGAGAUACAGUCAGACAUGAGAAGACAGAUACCAUUCGCUGCAUUAAAUCCUGUCGACCAAGUGAUGCCAACUGUAUCUUAGACCCUGUUCACACGAUUUCCCACACCGUUAUCUCUCUGCCUACUUUCCGGGAAUUUACGAGACCAGAAGAGAUUAUUUUCCUUCGUGCCAUCACGCCAGCAUACCCGAGCAAUGAGGCCGACAUCAUAUUUGAUAUAACUGAAGGAAAUUUACGGGAUUCUUUUGACAUCAUCAAGCGCUAUGCAGAUGGCAUGACUGUGGGGGUCGUUCGACAAGUGAAGCCCAUCAUUGGUCCUUUCUACGCCACCCUGAAGUUGGAGAUGAACUAUGUUGUUGGAGGGGUUGUCUCACAUCGUAACAUCGUUAACGUCCACAUCUUUGUUUCGGAAUAUUGGUUCUGAUGGACUAUUUAAUGAAGAGAAGAGAGCGUCAAAGCAAAACUCCACCACAAAUUAUCUGGAAGCUCUGUAUUCAUAA